AUGGAAGUUGAUGGCUGGGAGACGGCUAACAUUUCUCGGGUUUCACAGCCGUUGAUCUCCUUCACGGCGGCAAAAGUGGCCAAGUGGGCAGGGAGAGAAGUACGUCUCAAGAUUCUCUUCACCGCCCUCUGCCGCACUGAUGUUUACUUCUGGGAAGCCAAGGGACAAACUCCGUUGUUCCCUCGUAUAUUUGGCCACGAAGCCGGAGGAUAUGAAUGUGGAGAGCGUAGGGGAUCGGAGGGAGUGGCUCAUCUGAAACCAGGAGAUCAUACUCUUCCGGUGUUCACAGGCGAGUGCGGAGAGUGCCCACAAUGUAAGUCGGAAGAAAGCAACAUGUGCGAUCUUCUGAGGAUCAACAAGGACAGGGUUGUUAUGAUCAACGACGGCAAAUCCAGAUUCUCAAAGAACGGACAGCCAUUAUACCAUUUUGUGGGAACUUCCACAUUUAGCGAGUACACUGUUGUGCAUGCUGGAUGUGUUGCUAAAAUUAACCCUGCUGUUCCUCUAGACAAAGUUUGUGUUCUCAGCUGCGGAAUCUGCACAGGAUUUGGUGCUACUGUGAAUGUUGCAAAACCAAAACGCGGUUCAUCUGCUGCCGUCUUCGGGUUUGGAGCCGUUGGCCUCGCUGCAGCUGAAGGGGCAAGAGUUUGCGGUGCAUCUAGAAUUAUCGGGGUUGAUUUAGUUUCCAGCCGUUUUGAGGGAGCCAAGAAGUUUGGAGUGAAUGAGUUUAUGAACCCAAAAGAUCAUGACAAGCCUGUACAAGAGGUAAUAGCUGAAAUGACCAAUGGAGGUGUGGAUCGUGCAAUUGAGUGCACUGGGAGCAUCCAGGGCAUGAUCUCAGCAUUUGAAUGCGUCCACGAUGUACCUAUUCAGAACUCGUCUGCUUUCUAAUUGUUAAAAAGUCAUCAUAAUAGAUAGGCCAGCUACGAAGCCAGAGCUGCCGUAAAUGGUUGUUGUGUGUAGGGAUGGGGUGUGGCUGUACUAGUUGGAGUGCCAAACAAAGAUGAUGCGUUCAAAACUCAUCCAGUGAAUUUCUUGAAUGAGAGGACUCUGAAGGGCACCUUCUAUGGCAAUUAUAAGCCCCGCUCUGACGUGCCUUCUGUUGUGGAGAUGUACAUGAAAGGGUUGAGUCAAUUGUGAAUUGUAUUGUAUGGUGCUUGAAUUCAAUUGUGUCAUCAAAUAUGUUGCUGAUGACCGGUGUGAGAUGUUACGAUGAAAUUGCAGGAGCUGGAAGUGGACAAGCUCAUCACUCAUUCCGUCCCUUUCUCAAGAGAUCAUCAA